AUGGGAACUGUUAGCAGUAGUGCUGCCGCAGCAGAAGUACCUGAUGGAAACUCAAAAAUCCAGCAGUACGGGCCAAGCAAGCAAUCCGGAUUUAGUCUACCGCCUGGUCCCAGAGGAUGGCCGCUUCUUGGUAACCUCCCUCAACUGAUGGGGUCGAGGAAACAGGCGCAAGAAACGAUCUCUGAACUGUCAAGAAGAUACGGCAAAAUUGUGAGAAUAGAUUUGGCUGGAACACGAGUCGUCGUCCUACACGGGCACCGCGCAGUCAAGGCGGCCUUCGCCCAACGGCAACUCAGCGCCAGGCCAAAGUUCCACAUCACGGACACCAUCAUUCCUGGGACAGGAAUCCUGGGAUCGUCUGGUAAUGAAUGGACCGAAAUUCGUGCGUUCAUCAUAACGGUACUAAAGGGGCAAGGGAUCGGCAGGUCAGGUUUUGAGCAGAACAUCGCAGCCGAAGCUGCGAUCCUCGCCGAAGCUAUGAGUCAGCACAACGGCAGGGCUUUCGACCCCAGGCACCUGAUCAGUAAUGCUGUGUCCAACAUCAUUUGCUCGGUGGUGUUCGGUAGAAGGUUCCAGUACUCCGAUCCAGCAUUCGAGCGGCUCCUGCGGCUGUUGACCGACAUGAUUGCAGAAGCGGGAGCUGGGGGCCUGUUUGAGUUUUCCCCUGUUUUCGUGAAACUGUGGUUCUUGCCCCCCUUGCUAAGCUAUAUCCGAGCGAUAAAGUCCUAUUACAGCCAUGUUCGUGUGCUCUUCCAGGAGCAUGGUCGGCAAGACCUUAAGGGCAGCCCUCGAGAUCUGAUUGAUGUCUUCUUCCAUGAAAAGCAAGAAAAGGAAAGGGUAGGCGUUAAAUCUCCGGCUUUGCAGACAGAGAACCUUCUCCGUAUCCUAACCGAUUUGUUCGGCGCAGGGACAGAGACCACUGCCACCACCCUCCGCUGGGCCAUGCUCUACAUGAUGGGGCACCCAGAGAUACAGAGUCGAGUCCAGAGAGAGUUGGAUGGUGUCACUGGUCGCAAUCGGCUGCCAAGAAUUGCUGAUAAGCCCGAGCUGCCAUACACCAAAGCUGUGCUGUGCGAGAUUCAACGCGUGGCAACUGUUGUGCCGCUUGGUUUGUCACAUCGGUGUUCUGAGGACACCACACUUAUGGGGUACAAGAUUCCCAAAGGGACAAUCAUCAAUGCCAACAUUUGGCACAACCACUUUGACCCGUUGGUAUGGGAGGAGCCUGAGAAAUUUCGGCCGGAGCGAUUCCUUGAUCGAGCCGGCAAAUUCCGGCCUCGCGAGGAGUUGAUCCCAUUCGGCACAGGUCGGAGAUCAUGUCCCGGAGAACACCUUGCGAAGAUGGAGCUAUUCAUCUUCUUCACACACCUUCUGCAUCAUUUUACUUUCAAGCGAGCCAACGAUGCCUCACCAAUCUCUUUUGAAGGGAGAAAUGGAGUUGUCUGGUCACCUUUAAACUUUCAGAUAUGCGCAGUCGCAAGAGAAUGACCAUAUAUAUGAUCAUUCUUUAUUUCACAACAAGAAUGUACAUAAAACCCAGGACACGGUUUCGAAACAGAAACGCAUGCAGGAUGUAGACAAACACGAAACAACACAUAGAGGAACAAAGUAAAAAUUAAAAGAAAAAUUAUUUUCACUGUACAAAUAUCUUUACCCUGGGGGGUAAAAAGUACAUUGCAGGAUUUAAAACGUUUCUCAAAAGCUAAAAAAUUUAACUUCAAAAUUCAUAUCUGUCGAAGACUAGUGCCUAUAGCUGAAAAAUUCCCAAAUCAAAUUGCCGGAAGUUUUCAAUGAUAAAAUGGUCACGGCA